ACCAAGGAGGAGAAACAAAUAAAACAAUGGGCUGAUCGCCUCAUAGGACUCUUGAAUCCACCGUCACAUGUAACCCCUCCCGAAAUACUAUCAACAGCAGAUGCAGAACUGCCUUCCAAUGAACAUAAAUUCUCCAACGAAAGCAGAAAUUUUGAAUGCGCUUAAGCUACUGAAGUCGGGGAAGGUUGGAGAACCAAACGGAAUUCCCCUUGAGGCACUGAAAACGGAACCAGAGACUGAAGCAGGUUUGUUGGCGCCAUUAUUGCAAAACAUUUUGAAGGAAGAAAAGGCACCUACUAUUUGGAAGAAAGGCCACUCUGUCAAGCUGCCUAAGAAGGAUGAUCUUCGCCUUCGCAAGAACUGGCGUGGAGUCAUGCUCUUGUCUGCGCCGAGCAAAAUACUAAAUCGCGUCAUCUUGGGUAAAAUAAAAAAGAUGCACUGGAUGCAGAACUCCGCCAGACCAGAACAAGCCGGAUUGAGGAAAGGCGAUUGAUGUGUUGAUCAAAUUGCAACUCUACGCAUCUCAUCAUCACAGAACAAAGCA